CCCUCUCGUCAAAACCCCCCCAAAGGUGAGCAUUCAUGUCCGAUUGGCUUGUUAUCGAUACAGCGGGAAGCGGAGUGUUCGCAGAGGGUGGAACAGCAGAGACGCGGAUGGCGGAACCAGGCAUGGGAGUAGAGACUUAGUGAAGACGCGAGGGCGAUAUAGCGAUGUAUCAAAAGGGUGCUGGUGAAACAGGCAGGCGAUGGUGAUUGCAACAGGACAUGGGCACGACGGAAGUGGAAUCGUCCAUGCUCUCUGUAGCAGUGUGUCUAUUAUGACUCGCUCUGCAAGAUGGGUAGGAGGAUUUCUGACGGGAAUGGACUAUGCGAGGGUCCAAGACCAUGAUGAGAGAGAGGAGGGACGCAAUCCGGAAGGAAAGGACGGGACACAUAAUGGGAAAGAGGAAGGAAUGAACCAGUACACACUAGUUCGGAAGCAGUCACUAACGACGUUAUCGUACAGUCCAUAACACAACAUGGCUCACGACAACAUUUGGUUCUCGCACUCUCGCAAGCACGCCAAGGGAGGGCGCCUGUGCCGUGUCUGCGGCAACGGUGGUGGUAUCAUCCGCAAGUACGGCCUCGACAUCUGCCGCCAGUGCUUCCGCGAGAAGGCGGACGCCAUCGGCUUUGUCAAGAUGCGCUAAACGUCCUCACGGCGCACUCCUUCC